AUGGACAUCGACGAUAAAGAAGAAGAAGAAGAAGAACAACGAGAAGAGAAAGAAGAAACGACGACGAGGAAAACGAAAACGAAAACGAAAACGAGAACGACGACGAUUGAUGAUGCUGUUGAAGUCGACCAAGACGACGAACAUCUUCUUCAACGAAUUUUGCAUUACAACAACAACAACAACAACAACAACAACAACAACAACAACAACAACAACGACGGUAACGAUGAGAACCGACGACGAGAAGAACAAGAAAAAAGACUUCAUCUCCUCUCUCAAGGCGCGGAAGCGCGAGUGUUCUCGACCACGUUCCUCGGAAAACCGUGCGUCGUGAAACAGCGAUUCAGGAAAAAGUACAGACACCCAGUUUUGGACCAAAAGUUGACGAGAAGUCGAUUAUUCGCCGAGUGUCGAUCGCUGAUGAAGGCGAGAAUUUUAGGCGUCCAAGCGCCGACGGUUUUGUUCGUGGACAAGCGGUCGUCGUCGAUAUUCAUGGAACGGGUGGAGGGGAAGUCUUUGAAGGAGGUUUUGAAAUCGAUCGCGGCGGAAGAAGAUGAAGAAGGAGAAGAAAAAAAAGAGGAGGAGAAAACUACGCCGCCGCGCAACGCAACCGCCGAGGACGCGACCGCCGCGCCUUCUUCUUCUUCUCCUCUUUCUUCUUCCGCACACCGCCGCGCGGUGAAAUACGGUCGCGAAAUCGGCCUCAUCGUCUCCAAACUCCACGAUGGCAACAUCACCCACGGCGACCUCACCACCUCCAACUUCCUCGUUCACGCGCAAACUGACUCCAUAUACGUAAUCGAUUUCGGUUUAUCCAAAACCCAAAUCGUCGGUGAGGAAGAUAUCGGUGUCGAUUUAUACGUCCUCGAGCGCUCUCUCGUCUCCGCGCAUUCGCGCGAAGGCGCGCGCGUCUGGCAGGAAUGUUUGCGCACCUGGAAAGAGACGUGCGGGAAGAGUAAAGAGGCGUUUAAGAGGUACGAGGAAGUACGGGCGAGAGGCAGGAAGAGGAGCAUGGUUGGUUGA